AUUCAUUACAAUUGUUGGCGUUAUCCAAUUUAUCUUCCAUUGAAAAUCGAGAAGAUUUGAUGAGCCAUUUUCGUCCUCUUGAACAUCAAGAGAUUAUACGCUUAUGCGAAUUUCUAAAUGUAAGGUAUCAUAAGUUGGUUGGUGAUGGUGUGUAUGAAAAAGAAUUCUUGUUGGAGGUCUUGAUCGGGAAAUUUGAGAGGAGAGUAAGUCAGAUCGACGCAAUCAACGCGCUUCCUUUGUAUCCUGACGAGAAUACGUUGUUUGAUGAUGCUGUUGUGACAACACAGUUUUAUUCUGGUGAUUCACCACUGGCGCUUCCAAAACUUAAUUUACAAUUUCUCACCAUUCAUGAUUAUUUAUUGAGAAACUUCAAUUUGUUUCGUCUCGAAAGCACUUAUGAAAUUC